GAGAGAGACAUGGCUGACGACCUGUUUGAAGGCCUCCCUCCACCUUCUGCAAACCCUCCUCCUUCUUCUGCUUCUGAACUUCAAGAGCGGAAACCACCGCAGGAAGCGUUAAAACCACAACAAAAACGAAAAAUCGCUACUUUUAACACUGACUCUCCUUCUUCUCCCGCUCCUGCUCCUGCACCUCCUCCCCCAAAACCAAUUCUCAAAAGCGCCCUCAAGCGCCCUAAACCCUCUGAAUCAAACGCAGAAGAAGCCCCUGUAACUGAAAAAAAGUUGAGGUUUAAAACCACGACAGAUGCCUCAGAGCAGCAGGUCAUUGAGGCAAUGCAGAAAAUAGCAUCACAUAUAAAGAAUCCUACAAAGUUUAGUAAGGCUUCAAAGCUUGCCAUCCAGCUGAUUCAGGCGGGAAGUGUCAAGCCUGAAACUGGUGAUUACUUCUUUUCCGUUCUAGAAGCUGCAAUGGCAUCACCUACUUCUUGUACGGAUCCUUCUCUGCGAGCCGAUUACCAUGCACUGUUCUCAGCCGCAAAAGAUGCCUCUGAGUGUCUCAAUAAGAAGCAAAAGAAUCAAUUAACUGCAUGGAGAAUCAGGGCAGUGAUGGCAAAUGAAUUAUUUACUGAUGACAGCUUCCAGUUUUCAAAAACAGCUGCACAAGUAAAAGAAGCCAUAUCUAAUCUGCCAGUUGCAACCGAGGACGAUGACAGAGAAGAAGCAGCUGUGCUGGAAGAUGAAACAAAGAUAGCAGAUGAAGAUGAUCAAAUGGAGCAAGAUAUGGUUUCAGCUGCUCCAGCUGAAGAAAAUAAUGAGAAAGAGUCUGAUCCAUUUGGGCUUGAUGCAUUUUUAACUCCUACCCCUAUGAAGAAAGAUGAUAAAACAAAAGGGAAAAAAGAUGGAACUACCAAGAUCAGGAAGGAGGAGGGAGAGACCAAGAGAUUCUUUAGGUCACAAAGAGAAGCCUUGGUUUUUUGUUUAGAGAUAGCUGCUCAUCGUUAUAAAACGCCAUGGUGCCAAACAGUAAUAGACAUAUUAGCAAAGCAUGCUUUUGAUAACAUAGCAAGGUUCACUUCUAAACAAAGGAAUGCCAUUGAGAAACUUUGGGCUUCGAUUCGGGAGCAACAUAAUCGACGAAAACAAGGGAAAUCAGUUACUGGGAAACUUGAUGUCAAUGCUUUUGAGUGGCUGCAGCAGAAAUAUGCUACUGAGAAGAUCAGCAUUCGGCAUUCUGUUGGAGGUAGUGGGGAUCGUAAAACUGAAAUGUGGCUUGGCUGAUAAUAUAUCUUUUUUUUGGUUACGAAUGUUGACCAUUCUUUAGAAGGAAGAAAGGGAAGCAAAUUGUAAUUGUUUAUCUGGAAUUUGUUUCAGUGUAGAAUGUUUUCUCAUCAAUACAAAGAAUGAAUUAAUUA